CUUGUCGCGGUGCGGGGAGGGAGGAUGGCGGCCCCGGGGACGGGGUGGCAGCAGGGCCCGGCGGGCGCCGAGCACAGCCCCGACCUGCACUUCAAAAUGAGCAAGAAGAUCGCGCAGCUCACCAAGUGGUUGUGAUCUUCACAAAGGAUGUUCACUGAAGUUUCCUGUACCCAUGUUGGUUUAAGGACAAAGAUGGGACUGGGUGAAAAUGGCAUGUCUUUAAUAUCAUCAGGUAUAGUUCAGGAAAAGUAAUAUAUGCCUUGAACACAAAAAAUGAUGAACAUGAAGCUGCUAUCCAAGCCCUUAAGGAUGCUCAUGAAGAAGAAAUCCAGCAAAUUCUUGCAGAGACCAGAGAGAAGAUCUUGCAGUAUAAAAGUAAAGUUGCAGAAGAAAUGGAUCUCAAGAGAAAGAUCCAGGUUUUAGAAGAGUCAUUGGAAGAUCAUAAAAAGAUGAAACAUCAGGCCUUGACCGAAUUUGAAGCCUAUAAGGAUAGAGUUGAAGAUAUGCAGCUUUGUGCAGAAGCUCAGCAUGUUCAGCGUGUAGUGACCAUGUCAAGAGAAGUAGAAGAGAUCAGAAAGAAAUUUGAGGAAAGGCUACGAAGUUUCAUACAGUUGCAAGUGCAAUAUGAGAAGGACAAGCGUACAGCUCUGGAAGACCUGAGAGCUGCUCACAGGCUUGAGAUUCAAGAACUUCUGAAGACUCAACAGAGUCAGAAUGCUACUUUAAGUAAGGGGCAAGAAAAGCUGGAGGAACUGCAUAGACUGGAACUGGAAGACUUAAACAGUAAAGUUGAAGAGUUAAGGCUGGAAAGAAAAAAACUCAUUGAGGACUAUGAAGGCAAACUCAGCAAAGCACAGUCCUUCUACGAACAUGAACUUGAUUCUUUGAAAAGAUCUCAGCUUUUUACAGCAGAAAGUCUGCAGGCUUGCAAAGAAAAAGAAGCAGAACUAAGAAAAGAAUUUCAAAACCAGGAAAGUAUUUUACGGAAGAAUCUGGGAAAGCUUAAAACUGAACUGCAAAUGGUCCAGGAUGAAGCUGCCAGUCUACGGGAAAAAUGCCAAAAACUUCAGGUGGCUCUGGGUACAGCAGAAAACAAUGUUCAGGUUCUUCAAAAACAGCUAGAUGAUGUGAAGGAGGAGGAGAUGUCAUUGUUAAGCAAACACAAAGAAGUGGAAAGUGAGCUAGCAGCUGCUAGAGAGCGCUUACAGCAACAGGCCACUGAUCUUGUUCUCAAAGCCAGUCACAUUGGAAUGCUUCAAGCUACUCAAAUGACUCAAGAAGUUACAAUCAGAGAUUUGGAAUCAGAAAAGUCUAGAUUAAAAGAAAAACUUUCCCAACUGGAGGAGGAAAGAAACUUACUACAAAGCAAAACGCAAAGUCUGGAUGAGCGACAAAGGCAGCAAAUUCUGGCCUUGGAGAAGAAAGUACAUGAGGCAAGGGAGACACAACGUGAAUAUUAUGAGAAGGAGCUGGUAAAGUUGCAAGCAAGACUGGAAGGUGAGGCUGCACAGUUAAAGGAAGCUCAUUCCAAGACCUUGGAAGAAUUGGCGUGGAAACACCAUACUGCAAUUGAGGCUGCACACAGUAAUGCUAAUAAGGAUAAGAAAAAACUGCAGAUGGAGCUGGAGCAGCAGUUUGAGAAGGAGAAACUGCAUUUAGAGGAUGAUAAGAAUCAGCUCCGACAGCAGUUGGAAAACCUGAAGGAAGAGCUGACAACGAAACUGACUUCUGCCAAUCAGGAGGUGUGUCGUCUGCAAGAUCUAGUACGAAAAAGUGAACAAGGCCUUGGUACAGCAGAAGGGCAUAUCUCCAGUCUUCAAGAAGCUCAGGAAAUACUCCAGAAAGAACUAGAAUUGACCAGAGCAAGACUGCGAGAGACCACAGAUUCAUUGUAUAGCGUUGAGGGAGAACUAGAUCAGGAGAGACAACAGCACGAGGCAAUGAUUGCUGCCAUGAGAGAAGAGGAAAAGUUUAAAGUUGACAGAAUGGCUCGUGACUUGGAAAUAAAAUGGACAGAAAAUCUUCGACAGGAGUGUAAUAAGCUUCGUGAGGAGCUGAGGCUUCAGCAUGAAGAGGAUAAGAAGGCAGCCAUGACUCAGCUGUUGCAGCUGAAAGAGCGUGAAAAAAAUGCAGCAAGGGAUGGAUGGCAAAAAAAAGUUGAAGAUCUUUUGGACCAGCGGCACUGUCUUGGUGAAGCUUUGCAUAAAUCUAUCAGCAAUAUCUCCUUACUGAAGCAGAAUCUGGAGAUGCAGCUUUCCCAGUCACAGAGCUCUCUGCAACAGCUACAAGCCCAGUUCAGUCAGGAGCGACAGAGGCUUACUCAGGAGAUCCAGGAAUUGGAAGAGGAGCAUCAGCAAAGGCAUAAGUCCCUUCAGGAAGCCCAUAUCCUUGCCUUUCAAAACAUGGAAGAAACAAAAGAACAAGAACAAAAGGAAUUAGAAGAACGUUUACAACAGAAGCACUCAGAAGAACUUCAUGCACUGAAAGAAACACAUAAACAAGCUAUGGAAGGUUUCAAAUUGGAGAUGGAACAGGAACUUCAGACUCUACGAUUUGAACUGGAGGAUGAAGGAAAAGCUAUGUUAGCUUCCUUGCGCUCUGAGCUAAAUCAUCAACAUGCAGCAGCAAUUGACCAGCUAAGGCACAAUCAUCAACAAGAACUGGUAGCUGCCAAAAUGGAGCUUGAAAGAAGCAUAGAACUCGGCAGGCGACAGGAGAAAGAAUUUUUAUGCCGAAUAUCAGAUCUACAAGAUGAACUGAGACACCGAGACCAUCAUAUAGCUGAACUGGACAAAGAGAUUCUGCAUCUUCAUGAAAACAUAAGUGCAUUGACCAAGGAAUUAGAGUUUAAAGGGAAAGAAGUUCUUAGAAUACGCAGCGAAUCCAACCAACAGAUCAGGAUGCAUGAGCAAGAUUUAAGCAAGAAACUUGAGAAAGAGCUGGAUGUCUUGACAGCAGAUCACAUCAGAGAGAAACAAAGCAUGCUGGCAGAUUUUAAUAAGACCCAAGAGCUGCUCAAGGAAAUUAAUUCAGCUUUACAAAUUUCUUUAGAAGAAAUGGAAGAAAAAUAUAAAAACAGAGAAUCAAGACCAGAAGACUUGCAGCUUAUCUCAGAACUGAAAGACCUAAUUGCAGAGCGGGACCAACUCAUAAAGAAAUUGAUUGAGGACAAAAAGUUCUAUCAGCUGGAGCUAGUUAACAGGGAGACUAACUACAACAAAAUGUUUAAUGCAAGCCCUAAUGUUGGUGUUAUUAAUCCAUUGGUGAAGCAAAAGAAGAAGAACGAUAAAUCAACAAACAGGUUUGUGAGUGUCCCCAAUCUAAAUGCUGUGGAAUCUAGCGGAGUGGUGGGCAAUGGACAUCCUAACCGCCUGGACCCCAUUCCUAACUCACCCAUCCACGAUAUUGAGUUCAACAGCAGCAAACCACUACCACAGCCAAUGCCACCCAAAGAGCCCAAGACGUUUUUGAGCCCUCCUCAGACUGAUGCUUCACCAGUGGCUUCACCAGAUCCCCAACGGCAGGAGUGGUUUGCCCGGUACUUCACGUUCUGAGAGAUGAUUUGUUUUCGUAGCACAGCGUGAUGUGGACUGUUUAUAAGAGCAUGAUCUUAAGUAAACCCUCAUGUGAACAAGCUUUCCUGUAAUUUGUCAAACACUGUGAAUGAGAAAGUAUGUGUCUUUCUAAUUUGAAACUGCACUGUAUUUCAUGUUAUAUUUGUUGGAAUCACUUGACAUGGUACUAUAUAAUGUGUGUAAUUAUAACUAUUAUUUUUAUUUAAAAUGGAAGAAUCUUUAAAAUUUGUAAUAACUACAUAAUAAAUUUUGGUAGAACAAACGAUGCUUUUCCCCUUUUUCCUAUAAAUGGAUUUUCUUUUAUUUCAGGUAAGGCUUUUCCCCCAAAAAAUAACAUAACUGCAUGAUUAUUAUAAAUAUAAUUUAAAUUGUAAGAGGAAAAAUAUAUAUAUCUCACUCUAUCACCAGUUCAGGCAGGAUAUGUUUAAUACCUCCCAAUUCUAGUCUGUUAAUUUGCAGCAGUUUAAAAACUUCGUGACAUUUAAAAGGAAGAAUGUGAAAUAAAUCAAAACUAGUGUAGCUGCUAGCCUUCAGAGCAGAGUAAUUUUGCAAGAGGACAAAAAAAAGCAGCCAAACAGUAGCUGUUCAUUGGGGGAAUGUUGACUUCUUAACAUGUUCCUCAUGAGACUGUUGCCAUCUAGUUAUAACCAAAUGUUUUGCCACUGAAUUGAAGCAGAAACUGUUCCCACAAGUUAUGUAUCUCUUUGAUAAUUAUUAACAAAAGAAAACCCUGCUCGAAACAUUUUAGAAUACUGUACUAAGUAUCUGCAUAAAUCAAAAAUCUACAUUUUGAGCAUAUUGUUCUGCUUUGGAUAAUAACUCAUGUCUGAAAUUAAUCAAAACUAAAACAUCACACAACUCUUCCCCAUUUAUACAUACUAUAGAUACAGCUCUUUCAUAAAAAAUUAAUUACCUUUCCUUGUCUAUAUUAUUGUUUUUCUUCCUCUUAAACUGAUAUAUAAAAAUGUUUUUUCAGCUAUUGAGCAUGAUUCUCCAGUCUACACCUUUUAUGAUGCCAGUGUUGCUCCAGAAAUUUGCUGCAGCAUAUAGAAAAGUAGAGCUUGUUGUCUUUUUUAUAUUUUUUCAUUCAAAGAUUACCACAAAGUUAACUCACACCGGUAGUCUCAGGGAGAAAUUUGUCUCUUUGUUUUAUGAAUGUAUUUUUAAGCUGAAUCUCUUAUCUUUUAAAAGCAGGAAAAAAAUGUUUGAGUUAUUUGAAUAAGGUUUUAGUUAGCAUAUACAAAGGUCUUGAACUUUACUAUUUCAUCUGAAGCCCUAACUACAUCCUUUUUCGCUACAUGCACAAAGGUAAAUACCCAGAUGAAAAUACUUGCUAAUUACAAAGAGUUUUAUAUGUAGUGUAUGUAUAAAUGAAAAAUUUGUAUGUUUUCAUAUAAACAAAAUAAAAUCUUCUAAAUGAACAUUUUAAAACUUCUAUCUUAGAAUUCAGCUUGAAAACUCCACUGAAAGCUGUAUUCUGGUGAUGGUGCCGUGGAUUAAAGAUGUAUACAGCAGAUUUUCUGUAGCUGGUGGACUUAACUGUAGGUAUAUGCAACUUUUUAAUUUUAGAAGAAAGCCAUAUUGGACAAAAUGUCAGAUUUCUUGGCUGUUACCCAAAAUAAAACACACUGGCUCAUUUUGUAAUAAUAUUCUGAAGUGAGUGUUGCGUAUUUUUUCUUGCAUGCUUUGCGAGGGCUCAGCCUUUUUCUCCCAUCCUCCACUUCAUUUGUACAUUUUUAUGUAUGGAAUUAAUAACUGAACAGCAAUCAGAAGAUGAUAAUAUCUGCAUUUACUUUACUGACUCUGUAAAAGGUAUGCCCAUUUGCUUUUUGCUAGUACGCAUUUGUCUUUCGGAAAGGAGAAGAAAGUGAAGAAGCACUCAGUUACCACAGUCAGCAGCUGUUCCACUACCGAAUCAGUCUCUUACACCAACUAAGCAAAAAAGCCCCAAAGCAACCUGAAGAAAUUAGGAAAAAAAUUUAUUUUCCACCAAAUGGCAUUGAGAACUCUGUAAAAUAUAUUCUUGAAAAAAAAAGAUAUAUCUGGUAUUUGGGAUUAAUACAGGAACUUGCAUUAUACCAUUGUGUUCCUGAUCUUUGCCGGAUCUGGUAUUCUGGAAAAAUACCAGAAUAUUCUGGAAAUAUCCUGGAAAAAUAAAGUUGCACAUAAUAGUGAGUCCAGCGGUGCAGAGAAUUCUGCAAAGUCUGCUCACACAUGCGUGCAGUCUUUUCUAGCUCAACAGUCAACUCAGAGUAAGGAGGUACAAAGUGUGAAGCUGCAGAGUAUUAUUUAUAAUGGUGGGAAAAUCUUUUGGCUCUCAGGAGCUCUCUGCUCUCUGACACAUUAAAUCUCAUUAUCGGCACUUAGUGUAACUAAUUCCUCUGACCCUUUAGUUUUAUUCAGAAAGACUAAUAAAAUUCAAAAAGCAGACAAUAAAGAAUGUAAGACUUAAAUCCUUACUAUGUUUUAUUAUGGAAGAAAGAAGUAACAGGCUAUAAUUGAUACAGGGCCAAAAUGCAGAAGAAUCCUAAAUUUCAUCAGAAUAUCCUCAUAAUAAUCAAUCUUAAGGCCAGGUUUGGCCUGUCAGUUUGCAUUGCUCCAUUUACUUCUGUGAUAAGAGUUUGAAUGCCAGUGAAUUUUCCAGGUUAGGAGAAAACAGCUCCAGACGACCCAUCUGACAUGAUCUCAUAGAACCAGGAAAAAUCUUAUCCUGAUAACAACAAGGCUUUUUUUCUGCAAUAGUACUUGUAGCCAGAAGGUAUACUCGGGAAAAGAAAAAGCCCAAAGUUGACUGAAAACAAGUUGCAAUCAGUGCUAACAUAGAAAUCACUUUAGUGAUCAGACUGACUCCUUCCCUUUGCACUUUUUCAGUUACUGCAGCAUGUGUACUAUUUUUACCUGAGACUUCAAGGAAAACAUUAAUCCUGUGAGAAGUAUUGGCAAUAAGCUACAGAGGUCAAUAUCAUA